AACCACAAGCCUUGAGUUAAUCGAAUCUCUUAAGAUGUUAUCUCUACGAGUUCGUCCACCUACUUCCUUCGAUUUCCGUCGGUUUAACGCCGGAUAUUUAGAGCGGCGAUGGCGGUUAAGUAGAGACUGCUUUCUCUCUUUCUCGCCAAAAUUCGAGGAAAACAGAGGAAUCAAAUUCGGAGUCAGAUCUUCCAAAUCAGAUGUUGCGUUUACGGCAGCGGAGGAGGAAGAAACUCUGCCGGAAGAGCUACAGGCGGAGCUGAUGCCAAAACACGUGGCGAUUAUAAUGGACGGAAACGGAAGAUGGGCGAAGAAUCGAGGUCUUCAACCGUGGGAUGGUCACAGAGCUGGCGUUGAAGCUUUGAAAGAGAUCGUUGAACUUUCCGGUAAAUGGGGAAUUCAAGUCCUCACUGUUUUCGCUUUCUCUACCGAUAAUUGGAUUAGACCAAGGAUUGAGAUUGAUUUCUUGUUUAGUUUAUUCGAGAGAUCACUCAAAUCAGAAUUUCAGAACUUAGCCAAGAACAAUGUUCGGAUAUCGAUUAUUGGAGAUUCAUCGAAACUUCCGAAAUCUCUUUUAAGAGUGAUUAACGAAGUUGAGGAAGUUACAAAGAACAACACGAGGCUUCAGCUAAUCGUAGCGGUUGGUUACAGUGGGAAGUACGAUGUUUUACAAGCGUGUAGAGGUAUCGCGCAGAGAGUUAAAGAUGGCGAGAUCGGAGUUGAGGAGAUAGAUGAGAGACUGAUUGAGGAAGAAUUGGAGACCAAUUGUACUGAGUUUCCUUACCCGGAUUUGCUGAUAAGAACGAGUGGUGAGCUUCGAGUGAGUAACUUCUUGUUGUGGCAAUUGGCUUAUACAGAGCUCUUCUUUGCUCAAGAACUUUGGCCUGAUUUUGGGAGGAGCGGUUUUAUCGAAGCUUUGACAUCGUUUCAGCAGAGACAACGACGCUUUGGUGGUCGGAAAUCUUGAUUCUUUUGCAACUGGUGUAAUGAAAACUGUAUAUGAUGUGUAAUAAUGGAUAUUUUUAAUA